CGACCAAUCAAAACCGUCGAAUGAAGAAACGGAAGCCGGAAAGGGACAAUCGUUCUCCGGUUAGCGCAGCAGCACUUCGGGAGUAAUGUGUACAUGGAGAGCAGACCGUCUGUAGUCUUCACACGUGGAAAAAAGUCAAGCCAAAGUCUCCCCUGAUGUUGACUGGAUGUCGACGCCUUCCACUGACAUUUUUUUCAUCCACCUGUAGAGGACUUUGCAUCGGUAGGAGCUUGACCUCACAGGCUGCUCUCCACUCAUCUCCCUCAUCAGUUUCAUUCACACCUCCGUCUCCGACUCACGGCUUCUUGACAAGCCAACACACCUCAGUUCCCCUACACUCAUCCGUCCGCCUCACAUCCACCCGCUUCCGCUCUCAUUCUGCUCACUGUUCAGGCGCGAUGGAGCUAAAAGAAGUUCUGCAGGUGAUGGAGCAGCUUGCUCCUCUGUCUCUGGCUGAAUCGUGGGACAACGUUGGUCUGCUGGUCGAGCCCAGUAAAUCUCGGCCUGUUAAAACCAUCCUGCUAACCAACGACCUUACAGAUGCUGUCAUGGAGGAAGCAGAGGCCAUGAGCUGUGACCUCAUUAUCUCGUAUCACCCGCCGUUGUUUCGUCCAAUCAAGCGUCUGGUUCAGAAAGACUGGAAGCAGCGAAUAGCCAUCCGAGCUGUGGAGGCCGGCAUAGCGAUCUUCUCCCCUCACACGUCGUGGGAUAGUGUUAAAGGAGGAGUAAAUGACUGGCUGGUGGGGGGACUUGGCAGCGGUCAGGUGUCUGUGCUGAGUCAGGCCAUCAGUAGCGCCUCCCACAGUCACAAACUGGAAUUCAUGGUCAAGAGCACAGAGGAACUAAACGCCGUAAUGGAGGAACUGAAGGCUUGUGACAGUGGAACAACACUAGAGCAAUCAGUCACCAGACCAGACAGCAGUGGGAUCCAUGUCAGUGUUACCUGCAGUGACUCAGCGCUGACGCCCAGUGUCCAGACUCUGUUACGACACAACGCUCCCAGCUUGUCCCUCACCAUCCUGAAGUUAGAAAAGCCUCCUCUCCCAGGCCAUGGCCAAGGGCGACUUAGUGUUUUGGACCAGCCAGUAACUGUUGCAACAGCCAUCCAGAAAAUGAAGUCCCACUUGGGUUUGAGUCACCUCCGUUUGGCUCUGGGAUUGGGGAAGAAACUUGAGUCCUCUGUGUGUACCGUGGCUGUGUGUGCUGGAUCUGGUGCCUCAGUACUGAAUGGAGUCAAAGCAGACCUCUACAUCACAGGUGAGAUGUCCCACCAUGAAGUGCUGGACGCCGCAGCGAAUGGGACCAGCGUCAUCCUCAGUGACCAUAGCAACAGUGAGCGUGGUUUUCUGGCGGUGUUCAGGGAAAAGCUGGCCGUGCGUCUUCCUGACAUUGUAACAGUGGCGGUGUCGAAGGCUGACAGAGACCCUCUGGAAGUGGUCUGACUGAUUUAGAGCUACAGAUGCACUUGCUAAUCUGUUUCACACAUUUUCAUUGCUUUAAUUGGAUCCAGAUGAAUGCGUGUUGCAAAAAUCCCCAAGCUAUCCAAUGACUGUAAAACAGUAUUUCAGUAUAUCUGUGCCUCAUGUAAUGAUUUGAAGGGCUUUCUUUGUUCAUGUUGUUCUGUUUAUCAUGUAUUUCUGGCAGGGUCUUAAUAAAAAUGGCUUGUGGUUUAUCAAAAAAAAAUAAUGG